GGUUGCGAUAGUCGUUGAAAGGAUCCGGCAGCUGGGACUCGAGGUGGCGCUUCAUAAGUCCGAGGCCAUGUGUUUUUAUGGCCGCGGGAAUGCGCCACCUCCGGGUGAGUUCCAGAUCAUGGCAGGAGGGGUUUCCAUCGGCAUCGAGGUGACGAUGAAGUACCUGGGACUCGUCCUCGACAGUCGGUGGAAAUUUGAGGAACAUUUCCGACGUUUGGCUCCCAAGUUGGAACGGACGGGGGCUGCCCUAAAGCGGCUCCUACCCAACCUCGGGGGACCAAACGCCUCCUGCCGGAGGUUAUACGCGGGGAUCGUGCGGUCCAUGGCCCUCUAUGGGGCCCCGGUGUGGGCGCCACAUCUAAGGCGACGACCAGCUCGGGCGCUGGUUUCAUCCCAGAGGGUCAUGGCCAUUCGGAUGAUCCGUGGGUACCGCACGAUCUCCGGGGAGGCGGCUAACCUCCUUGCGGGAUCACCGCCGUGGGAUCUGGAGGCGAAAGUGCUCGCGCACGUAUACAGCCUACGUGCGGAGGCGCAUCGCCGGGGCGAAACCCCACUGCCGCGUCAGAUUAGUGCGUGGCGGGAUGAGCUCCGGCGCGAUCUCAUGGCGGAAUGGAAGCAGCGACUGUCGCAACCGAGGGCUGGGCUCGCUGUUAUUGCAGCGGUAAGUCCCCUCUUUGAGGAGUGGCUAGAGAGGCGUCAUGGCGUCCUCACCUACCGCCUGACGCAGGUGCUUACCGGACACGGAAGUUUCGGUAGGUACCUGUUUCGGAUUCGGCGGGAGGAAACGCCCGGGUGUCGUCAUUGCGAGGAUCACCCGGAGGACACGGUGGAACAUACAGUAGCGGUGUGCCCUGCAUGGGCUGAGCAUCGCCGUGUCCUUAGGGAUGUGAUCGGCGACGGUGACCUCUCGCGUCCGGCCCUGGUUCAGGCCAUGGUGCGGAGCGAGGGGGAAUGGGACGCCGUCUCCUCCUUCUGCGAAGCAGUCAUGCUAGCUAAGGAGGAGGCGGAGCGCGUGAGGGAACGAUCCUCCUCACGCCCCAGCCGCCGCAGAAGACACUCCGAGCGUCGGGGAUCGCGUGACGAUCUCCGGCCACCGUAAGUGCGGGUCUGCGGACGACGAGUAAGGGUAGCUCGCCGCCCGAACAGAACCAGACCCGUGCGUACGGCGCGUCGCGUUCCGCGCGCGCCUCAAAGAGCCAGACCACCACAGUUGGGGCCCAGUAGGGUUGAUGCUCGAUCCGGAGCUGCGGACAACGUAAAAGGUUACCGGGGCUCCGGCUCAAAGCAGGAGAAGGAACGGGGUGGUUUUUAGUCAGUAAGAGUCUGACACUCCCUCCCGCCUCACCCAAGGCGGGAGAAGUCAUUGGAUGAUUU